AUGCCCAUCGAUCCCCCAUUAAACCCGCCACAAAUCUUGGUAAAUGAUAUGCCAGUUCAAGAAAGAAGAAAGCCAAGCACCGCAGACUACAAAUAUGAAGGUAAUGGUCUUGUACCGAUUAGAAGCACCGAAAAAGAACUUGGCGCGUUGCUGCGAAUCCAUUGCGUCGAGGACGGGAUAGAUGGCGAGUUCUGGACUCACGCGCUACUGCGGCACAUUCUGUCCAGGGACCGGAUAAAAGAUGAGCUAAUGCAGCCAAAGUAUGGAUUCACGAAAGAUCAAGUCAACGAAUAUGUCAGCAAAAUACAUCCCCAUUUGGCAAAUGCUUCAUCUAAAACCAUCUAUAUCAGGAUCUUUGCGCUCCUGGCCCUGAUCGAGAAGAUUCAAGAUAUUGCACGUUUCAUCAGAGAAGAGGCUUGCGAUGAAAUACUUCCCAUCGUAAUCAGCCAAGUGAACAAACCUUUGACCGAAAUCACCUUGGACCGAGGCACUCAUAAGCCCUGGCGCCGGCUACGAGGCGAUGAACAACAUGACGGGUCCGAGGGAGCCUACGGAAUCGUCAUUCCUGUCGAGAUUCAUCCAACAGCGCAUUCGUUCCAGGAAUUAUUAAGAGGUGUAUGUGUCUCUAUCUCCUCACAAAGGUAUCUCUUGACUGCACUAAGUGCUGUCACACAAGACGAUAAAUGGAGUUUCAUCUUUCCUUGUGCAUCAUCCGACUUUGAUAGAUACAAGGAAACCAUUGAUCCUCCUCAGGGCAGGCGUGGAGCAAUGUGGCUUUUGACCCAGCUGACAGGGCUCAUUGGAGCAAUUGACACCAUUCACGACCCUAGGCAUUUGAAUCUGGGCCCACAGGGGAAGUAUGGUAGACAUGGGGACAUCAAGUGCGACAACAUUCUCUGUUUCAAGAAUUCAGACACCACAGAUGAUGUUCUUGUUAUCUCUGACUUUGGACUGUCAAAACUCAACAGCGACAAGAGUCGAUCUAACAUUCCUAAUGCAACGGUCCCUCCUGUUCCCGGGUAUCGUCCCCCGGAAUGUGACAUCGAAGGCGGCAAAGUUUCAAGAGCUUUCGAUGUUUGGACAAUCGGAUGCUUGUUUCUCGAGCUUAUAACCUGGUUCUUGGGAGGACCCAGCUACAUCAAAAAGUUCGAGAAGAAAAGGACCACGACAUUCAUCAAUGGCAUGAUGAACAAUAUUUUCUUCACCUUUCAAGAACUUGUUCCGAGAGAUUCUGGUGGAGCCAAAGCCAUACUAGUAAAGCCAGAGGUCACCGAAGUAAGUUAA